ACUUCCUGCAUUUCCCUGUCUUUCUCCAACCUCUUUCACAGAUCACCUCUCUUUCUCUCCGAACCCUAAACACAGAAAUGGAAACUAAGGGAGGCUGCUGCAUCACCAAGUGUCAAACACCUGUCGCACACCACAUGUCCAAGGUCAACACAAUAAUGUUAGGCUUUCGCCCUAUCGCCCCCAAACCCCUACCCUCCUCCGCUCUUUCCGACGCCUCUUCCUCCGACACCACUACCGACGUCUUCUCCAGAUCCAUCGCAUCCAAGCGAAAGCGCGCAAAAGGUAACACCAACACCAAGCGGUGCACUCGGAGGAGAAUAGCGCCUCCUCCACCACCUCCGCCGCCGCCGCCUACAACGCUCCCGCUGCUUCCGGAGACUCCGGUUCUGAAGAAAACAACCUCCAGAGAAAGCCACAAGGACGCGCCGGUAUGGCUGAGCUUCGGGAACCGCGGCGGUGCAAGUGCGUCGCUGGAUCCGUUCUGGUUCCCGGCGUCGGGAUCAGUGGUUACGGUGGAGUGCGUGACGGAGAUGUGGUUGGAGGAGGAGGGAGCCGGGUUGGGGAGUGGAGACGAGGAGAGGAAGGCUAAACUGGAAGAGGACACGUGUCCGGGGUUUAUAUCAGACGGUUACGGGAGGGUGACGUGGACGAAUGGUGCGUACAGGGAAGUAGUUGGUGAGGGAGGAGUAUGGCUGGCGAUGAAAGCGAGCGUAGCGUAUCCGUACCGAGGGUUCACGGGCUGGGUUAAGGUGCAGUACGCUUCGGGGAAAGAGAGAACUGUGCCAUGUGAUGUUUGGCGAAUGGAGUGUGGAGGUUUUGCGUGGAGGUUAGACGUUAAAGCCGCUCUUACCUUGACCUUAGCUUUGUGAUAUAAUAUAGAAAUAUAUAAUAUACCACUACUAACUCCUGUUCAGGUUCUUCUCCAAACAAACAAAACAAACUCCCAUUGAAACGAUACCGUUUUCUUCCCUGCCACCUCCACCUACUUACGGCUGCAAUAACUGUGAAUAUAAUAUCAUCCUCUACUCCUCUUGAUCGUGAAGUGUAAAUUAACGCACGUGCUUUUUAUGAAUAUAUUACCUUAUGUUCAUUGUGUAAAGUUUUGUAAAUUCCUGGGGUGAACCUCUGUAUAGUGUUUUGAUGGUUGUUGUAUAUGGGAUCUUAUGUUUUCUUGGUUAUGGUGUUGAUCAUCCUGAGAGGGGAUAAAAGAAACUAAUAAAGUUGAUUAGGAGGGGAAGUUGAUGAUGAAAGGGUUAAUUAUUAUUAUUAUUUUUUUUAAAUUAGAAACUUUGAUUUGAUUGGAUUGGCGUGAGGAUAGAUCUGGUUGAAGUGUAGAGUAAAUAAAUAGUAUGAAAAAGAGGAUGUGAUGGGUGGGACAGAUGGUGGAGGAGGGUUGGGAGGAGAAGCAGUAACAGUGUUUGGUUAGUGUUUUUGGUUGGGUGGGGUCAGGGUGAUGGUCAUGGGUGGUGAAAAGAUUGAAAGAAAGAUAUGCCUUUAUUUACUUAACAUUCCAAUAUGCCAUUAUAAGCUC